UGUAAAAACCGCAAAAACGUGUUUUUCCGCAAAAAAUGCAUUUUCCCGCGAAAAUCGCAAAAACAUAUUUUCCCACCAAUACGCAUUUCCCGCUAAAACCGAAAAACGUGUUUUCCCGCCAAAACUACAAAACGCGUUUUCACGCCAAAAUCUUGUUUUUACACCAAAACGCGUUUUCCCACCAAAACCACAAAACGUGUUUUCUCGCCAAAACUGCAAAUUGUAUAUUCCCGCCAAAACAAAAGAAAAUCUCGUUUUCCCGCCAAAAUAAAAAAAAAAUCUCAUUUUCUCGCCAAAACCGCAAAAAUGCAUUUUUCGCCAAAACCAAAAAAAAAAAAUAUUUUCCCGCUAAAAUCGAAAAAUCUCAUUUUUCGUCAUAACCGAAAAAUUUCAUUUUCUGCCAAAAUUGAAGUUAUAGUCGGUUUAUUAUUAAUACUCUUUUAGUUUGAAACUCUAAAGUUUUUUUUCUAAAAUACAUGUUUAUCAAUUUUUUGUUUAUUAUAAGCUAUAAAUUUUAACAUAUGAUUAAAUCAAGAAAAUGGUAUUUUGGUAAUUUGUUUACUAAACUUAUUUGGAUGAAAAUGAAAAUAAAAAAACAAACAUAAAAUUAAUUUAGAUAGUUAUAGUCGGUUUAUUAUUAAUACUCUUUUAGUUUGAAACUCUAAAGUUUUUUUUUAAAUACAUGUUUAUCAAUUUUUUGUUUAUUAUAAGCUAUUAUUGUAGUAAAUUUUAGUAUAUGAUUAAAUCAAGAAAAUAGUGGUAAUUUGUUUACUAAACUUAUUUGGAUGAAAAUGAAAAUAAAAAUAAAAAAAACAAACACAAAAUUCAUUUAGAUGAUUCAUCUAGAUGAACCAUCUUGAUGAACAAACAAACAGUCCCAAAAAUCUGAAUAGAUUAUUUAAAUAGAUCAUACAAAUGAAUCAUCUAGAUAGAGAUGAUAGAUGGUGAAACGAACAGCCCCUCCCCAAUAAUUCGUUCUUAGAAAUGUAAUACAAUCUUAUUAGUUAUAGUUAUAAUUAAACCGUCCAACUCUAUUUAAUAUAUAGGAUUGUAGACUAAUAGCUUUUGUUAUGAUCCGGUGAUCUGGACAUUGAGUAUUUUAUAAAUGAUGUAUUAUUAGAUAGAAUAUUAAAGGAAGACUGACAACCAAGUCUAUUUGUUAGUUGGGUGAAAAUUAUGACCAAGUCUUCUUAUUAGCUGGGUGAUAAUGACAGCUCAAUAAAAUCUUAGAUUUUACACUUUUCAGCUUGAUUCGAUCAUAUAUCAGGAUAUAUAACAAGUCAACUUUUAGGUAGAUAAUAUAUUGCUAGCACGUAUGUUUAAUUGAGCAAAAUUUAACAUGUUAGGAAUAAAGUAAGCUUGUAUGCAACAAAAUAAGAUAUCAAAAACGAAGUAGGUUAAUUUGAUAUUUUGAUUUUUUUUAUUAGAGUUAGUUUUAAACUACACAUAAAAUCAUUGGAUCCUAAAAGUUUUGUAGACUAGCAGUCUUCAAAAAAAGAAAAAGUUUUGUAGACAAAUAGUAGGUUGGCACAAAAUUUAUUGGGACAAAAGUCCCACAUCGAAAAUUGAAAUGGAUCCUAGAUAGAUUGGUUAAUCCACUUAUAUCAUCAAUUGAUUUUAAGUUGAAAGUUCAUGAAAAUUAUCAUAGUAUCAUAUGGGGUAUCUUGGAUUCUUCGAGAUUAAUAGCUAUAUGCACCAUUAAUUGGUUUUACGUUGGAAGUCCAUCUAACUUAAUAUGGUAUCAGAGCCCGAUUCAAACAAUCCAAUCCGAUCCAUUAUCGAUCCAGCCAAAGUCGACGACCCAUCGAUCCUUGCCCAAACAUUCCGAAAUUGACGCACGAAGAGUCAUCAUCUCGAGAAAGCGUAUUAGAGACAAAUAUCCCACAUCAAAAAUUGAAAGGAAUCCUAAGUAAUAUAUAAGAUAGAUUGAUCAAUCCACUUAUUACCAAUUGGUUUUAAGUUAAAAAUUUUAUCAAAAGUUCAACCUCAUCUUAUGUUCAAUUUUCUUAAGAAUAUGAAGAGAAUACUUUUGGAGUGGAUAAAAUCUAUAUUUAUUACUCUUUCCGUUUUAGUUUAGUUAAGUAAAAUUUUCAUUUCAGAAUAAGUGUUGUUUUACAAUUUCAGUGCAAAUUUUAUUGACUUUAUAGUUUAAAUUAUUUUUCAAUUGGUUGAAAUGUGUUUAGUUGUACUGAUAAUGAUGUUUUAUUUAAUAAAUAUAUAAAACUAAAUACUCCAUCCAUUCCUAAAAGAUCCAUAUUUUAAAAUUUUCACAUUUUUUAAUAAAACAUAUUAAAACUUAGAUUUAAAUGCAUAGUUUUUUGAAAUUUUAUAUUUUCUAUAUUUUUAAACCAAUAAGAUUUUAAAAAAUACAAUUAAUGUUCUUGAACUUUACAAUUUCUCAUUUGUAGUUAACAAAAAUUACGUUGGAAAUCUAAAAUAUGUGCUCCCUCCGUUUUUAAUAUAAAUCGCUUUAGAAUUAUGCACAUAGAUUAAGAAAAUUAUUAAUUUUUAUAUUUUGUAAACAAAAACAUCAUUAAUUAUUUACCUAACCACAAAUCAACCAAUAAUAAAAUAUAAGGUAUAUUAUCAUUAGUUAUAUAACAUUAAGUGUUAAUAAAUUUUACAUAGAAAACCGAAAACGUCAUAUAAUUUGGAACAUAAAAAUUUCUCUAAAACGACUUGUAUUAAAAACGGAGGGAGUAUCUUUUUAAAACAAAAAAAAUUCUCUAGAAUAUGAAUUUUUUAGAAACGGAAGAAAUAUUUUUUAAUUUGUGUGUCCGAGUCGACAAUUAAAAUGAAGCGGAAAAAGUAUAUUUUUAAAAAAAAAUCAUAUUGUUAUUGGUUGGGGAUAGACUACAUAAAUUAAAUGAACAUUAUCGUGAGUAGCAAUCACCACGACCCUCCUUACCGAAACGACCUUUAUUAAGUCUUUUCCAGACACAUCUACCUAUUCCAUUUAUAUUUGUGGGUGUGAGUGUGGGUGUGGGUGUGGGGAGAGUAAGACAAUAUUAAAAGUCGGAAGAAUGAGUGAAAAUAAGAGAAAACAACACUUUGUGCUAGUACAUGGUUCGUGCCACGGCGCAUGGUGCUGGUACAAGGUUAAGCCGCUGCUCGAGGCGGCCGGCCACCAAGUAACCGCCUUAAACUUAGCUGCCUCCGGAAUAGACACAAGGUCGAUCACUGACAUCUCCACAUGUGAACAAUAUUCUGAGCCGUUACUGAAUCUCCUAAAGUCAUUACCAGAUGAUGAGAAAGUUGUGCUCGUUGGUCAUAGCUUUGGAGGCUUGAGUUUAGCCAUCGCUAUGGAUAAGUUUCCCGACAAGAUCUCUGUCUCUGUCUUCUUGAGUGCUUUCAUGCCCGAUACUAAACACUCACCAUCCUUCGUCUUGGAGAAGUUUGGAAGCAGCAUGGCACACGAAGCAUGGAUGGGCACCGAGUUCAAACCAUACGGCUCCGACAACUCUGGGCUGAGUAUGUUCUUCAGCUUUGAGUUCAUGAAGCUCGGUCUGUAUCAGCUCUCUCCAGUUGAGGAUCUUGAAUUGGGAUUGCUUUUAAAGAGACCUGGAUCUUUGUUUGUGAGCAACUUAUCGAAGAUGAAAAACUUCUCAGAUGAAGGGUAUGGUAAUGUUCCUCGAGCUUACAUAGUAUGCAAAGAGGACAAAGGCAUACCUGAAGCAUUCCAAAGAUGGCUGAUUGAUAACUUUCCAGUGAAUAUAGUGAUGGAGAUCGACGAGACAGAUCACAUGCCAAUGUUCUGCAAGCCUCAGCAACUCUGUGAUCACUUCAUGGAAAUCGCAGACAAAUUUGUUUAAAUAAUCUUUCAUGAAAAUGUAUUGGAUUUGAUACAAAUAAGGGUUUGUUGCAAAUGAAUAAUAAUGUAUCUUUUUCAAAUUUCAGAGUUUGUUUUAUGUUAUGAAUUCCACCAAAAUUUAAAUUGUUUGUGAUGGAAUUCUAUCGUCAUAUAAAAAUAUCAUACAAAAUAUUUUUGGAAAAGUAUCUUCUAUACUUUCCUUUUUAUUUAUUA